AUGGCUGGUGACAUUCCCGCCAACGGCACAGGCUCCGGCCCGGAGGACGGCAUCCGCAACCUGUCACUCGCUACCCGCACCGUCCACGCCGACGAUGGCAUCAGCUCCCAUCGCGCGGUUGCCCCGGCCAUUCACGUAUCGACGACCUUCAAGUACAGCGCCAACCCCGAUGACCUCCGUCCAGGGAACAAUACCGACCCCAAUGCGCCCGCCGACUCUCACGUCUACUCCCGCUACUCCACCCCGAACACAACCCGCUUCGAGGCCGUUCUCUCCUCCGUCCUCGGCGGGCCCUCUCUGACCUACUCCUCCGGCCUGUCCGCCUUUCACGCCAUGCUCGUCUACCUUAACCCGAAACGCGUAGCCAUUGGCGGUGGUUACCACGGCUGCCACGGUGUCAUUCGCAUCCUCACCAAGCUCAACGGCCUGAAGCAGCUCGAGCUCGACGAGGCGUCCCUUGACCAGCUCGAAGCCGGUGAUGUGUUGCAUGUCGAGACCCCGUUGAACCCCACCGGCGAGGCGCGUAACUUGGCGUACUAUGCCGAAAGGGCGCACAAGGUUGGGGCUUAUCUGACUGUCGAUGCGACGUUUGCGCCGCCGCCACUGCAGAACCCCUUUGACUUUGGUGCGGAUAUCGUGAUGCACUCUGGAACCAAGUACUUUGGUGGGCACUCGGAUAUGUUGUGCGGCGUGCUGGCUGUCAACCCGUCCCGCGCGGACAAGUGGCUUCGCGGCAUGAUUGAGGAACGUUGCUACAUCGGAAGCGUCAUGGGAGGCUUGGAGGGCUGGCUCGGUGUCCGGUCAAUUCGGACGCUCGAGCUGCGUGUGGAGAGGCAGAGCAAGUCUGCCACCAGCCUCGUUCGCUGGAUUGACGACGAGAUCAGGAACAACCCCACCGGUGUCGUCGGCAGUGUCGUUGACAAGGUUGUCCAUGCUAGUUUGCAGAAGGACGAAUGGUUGAAGAAGCAGAUGCCUGGCGGUUUUGGUCCCGUUUUUGCCAUCUGGUUAAAGGAUGCCGAGGACGCGAAGAGGCUUCCGAGCAAGAUGGGGCUUUUCCACCACGCUACUUCGCUAGGAGGUGUUGAGAGCUUGAUUGAGUGGCGGGCAAUGAGCGAUCCUGGCUGUGACAAGCAACUUCUCCGUGUUAGCAUCGGCGUUGAGGCGUGGGAGGACUUGAAGGACGAUUUGCUCCAGGGUUUCAAGAAGUUGGCCGAGGAGAAGAAGGUUUAG